AUGAUAUCAGCUCUUGGCCAAGGUGACAGUGCUCGGACGUUGUUCAAGCAGCUACUUCUGGAAGGCCUCGCUCCAAAUGCGAUCACUCUCAUCUCUACUAUCAAUGCCUGUGCUUGUCCGGAAGAUUUGACGGAAGGAAAGCUGAUCCACGCCUGCAGCUAUGAAAGUGGCCGGGCGUCGGUACUCUUCAUGAGGAAUGCUCUUGUAGACAUGUAUGGAAAAUGCGGCUGUCUAGAGAAAGCUCGCGAACUGUUUGAGUCUAAAACAGUGGAGAGGAACUUAGUCAGUUGGAGUGUCAUGGUUGCGGCUUACGCAGAAAACGGUCAUGGUCACGAGGCCCUGCAGCUCUUCAGGAUGAUGAUUCUGGAGGGUCAAAGCCUCGACUCAGUCGUCUUUGUCAACGUCCUCAAUGCUUGUUCUUCGGUAGGAAACGCUGCUGCGGGAGAAGCUCUUCACGGCAACUUAGUUGAGGCUGGAUUCGAGUCGGACUUAGUAGCGGCAACGGCACUCGCCAACAUGUAUAUCAAGUGUGGACGUUUGGAAGACGGGCGACGUGUUUUCAACAGAAUGGAGGUCCGAAACGUUGUCAGCUGGAACACCAUGAUCUCGGGCUAUGCUCAGAACGGUCGUCCCAAAAAAGGCUUGGAACUCUUCCACCAAAUGGAUCCCGGAGUUGCUGACAAGCGGACGUAUGUAGCAGCACUGGAUGCUUGCGCCUGGUCAGUGGCUGCAACCGAAGGGAAACUUAUACACCAGCAAAUACUUCAGCAGAAGAUGAGUGUCGACGUAAUCCUGGGAACAGCCAUUGUCAACAUGUAUGGAAAAUGUGGUUGCUUGAGCGAAGCCCGGAAGUUCUUUGAUAGUAUACCUCUUCCCGACGUCGUCACUUGCAAUGCCAUGAUAGCUGGUUAUGCUCAGCACGAUCACCUCGGCAAAGCUCUUGGUCUGUUCGCCAAAAUGAAGCAGGAGGGAGUGAGACCCGAUGGUGCCACCUUUGUUAGUGUUCUCCGGUCAGGAAUGCUGCGUGAAGCGGAGGAUCUCCUAAAAAAGUAUCUGACUUCAGCCAGAGACACCAAGUGGAUAACGUUGCUGGCCGCGUCUAAGACUGAGAGUGAUGCAACCGUGGCUCAAAACGCAGCAGAGGGCCUUAUGAACUGCCGCCCAAGAGCUCUUUCCCAUACGUCGUGCUUUCCACUGCUUUGA